UUUUUUCUGUUUUUUUUUUCGGUCUUCUUCUUCUUCGUUUCUUCCCUCUGCUCUUCUUCGUUCGGUGCUGCGCGGGCUGUGCAGCAGGAAGUUGCAGAGCGGAGGGCUGCUGGGCAGCGUUGGCUGGCAGGGUGUGUCGCUGGUGGGAUGGCAGGAGCGCAGGGGCUUUGUGGCAGGUGCUGCAGGUUGUGCAGGCAGGAGGGCUGGAAGAUGCGCGGGUGUGUGGGCUGCUGCGGGGAGCUGGGUGCUUGGGCUGCUGCGGAGCUGAUGCGUGGGUUGCUGCAGGCUAGUGUGCAGCAGGAAGAUGCAGGGGAACGUGCGGCUGUGCUGCAGGAAGCAGUGGGGGCUGCUGUGCAGGUCGGCAGGGACUUGCGAUUUGCGGCAGAAGGAUGGGGUAGAGCGUAGGGCUACUGUGGGAGGCUGGAAGGAGCGGGUGUGGCAGGGGAUGUGCAGUGUGCAGCAAGGGUUGAAGGCUGCGGCAGGUUUUUGUAAUGGGGAGUAUGAGUAUGCAAAUAGACAAUAUGGGUAUGCAAAUAGGGGAUUUGUAUACGAAUCAAGAUACUAUUGUAGAGAUGAUCAGGGAUAUGCGACAGAAUGGCCUAGUGCAAAAUCAAGUUAAAGUUGGGUGGUUUGGAGUACCUGAACCGCCAUCAUUUACAGUGGGAUUGGAUUUACAUUUGGAUGAUUUGAAGAACAAACUUCUUGAGGACGGGGUGUCAAUGGCUCUGGUCACUGGUCAUCCAGGCUCUGGGAAAACCACUUUGGCAAAAGCUUUUUCUCAAGAUAAGAAAGUGAAAGACAAAUUCAAGAGCAUCAUCUUUGUCAACGUUUCAAAAAGACCCAACACCGAGGUUGUACAGGAAAUAUGUGAAAAAAAAGGGUACCCGAAUACUUUCUUUCCAAUCCGAAGAAAUUGCACUUGACAGGCUGCAACAACUUCUAAAUAACACAGGAGAAGAUCCUGUGCUUUUGGUCCUGGAUAACGUUUGGCUUGGAAACAGGACAGAAUCCCUCCUGGCGAGCUUUAAGUUCAAAGAAUCGGAAAUGUCAAAUUACAAGAUUUUGGUGACAUCAAGAUAUGUGUUGCCAGGAUUUGAUGUUGAGUACCACGUGGAAGAACUGAAUGACAAUGAUGCAAUGAGUCUUCUCUGUAAUUCAGCACGCCUCACAAGAUCUUCUUCUAGACUUCUUCUAUUCCAGAAGAUCUUCAGAGAAAGGCUGUGGAGUGCUGUAAGAGACUUCCACUGGCUAUUGAAGUGGUCGGAAGAUCACUUUUCGGCAAGGAUAUUGUGAUCUGGAAAGAUAGAGUAGAAGCAUGGUUUAGCAGUUCUUCUGUCAUUAAGUCUGAAGAACAUUUGCUUGUUUGCCUCCAAAGUAGUUUAGAUGCCCUGGGUGAAGAAAAUGCCAUCAUCAAGGAAUGUUUCAUGGACCUUGCUUCAUUUCCUCAAGGCCGAAGGAUUCCUGCUUCUGUCCUGAUUGAUAUAUGGACUGUCCUCAUUGAUAUGUGGGCAGCAGAUAAAGAUAGUUCAUGUAUUGCAAAACUCUACGAGCUCACCUACUGGAGGUUGGCUACUCUUGUAAUCACGAGGAAUGAGAAGGGGGAGUUGGAUGACUACUAUGGUGAACACUUCGUUACCCAACAUGAUCUCCUUAGAGAGCUGGCUGUCCACCAGACAGAUGAGGGCCCUAUAAAACUGAGGAGAAGACUGAUUAUAGACAUACGUGGAAGCAAACUUCCCAAAUGGUGGAAAAAACAGAUGGAUCAGCCCUUCGAAGAAGUUCUCCUAGUAUCUAUUUCAACUGAUAGUCUCUUCUCAUCAAAAUGGCGCGACAUACAACUACCGAAAGCUAAAGUUCUAGUUCUGAAUUUCCACACAAAGAACUAUGCAUUGCCCGAAUUUGUAGAGAAAAUGGAAAAAUUGAAGGUUCUAAUAGUCACAAAUUAUGGGUUCUUACCAGCUGAAGUGAGUAAUUUUACAUUGCUGGGUUCUUCAUCUAAACUAAAGAGGAUAAGAUUAGAGCGGAUUUUUCUUUCUUCCAUUACCAAGAACCCCAUAGAGUUGAAGAGACUACAGAAGGUAUCUUUCUUCAUGUGUAACAUGGGGCAAGCUUUUAGCAAAGGUUCCAUCAAAUUUUUUGACGCAUUCCCAGACCUUCAAGAAAUCAACAUUGACUAUUGCAGUGAUUUGGUGGAAUUACCUGCUGACAUCUGUCUUCUAAUCCAUCUAAAAAAGCUCAGCAUCACCAACUGUCAUAAGCUAUCUGCCUUGCCUGAAAUGAUUGGAGAGCUGGGCAAUUUGGAAGUUUUGAGGUUAAGGUCCUGCUCAGACUUAUCAGAGUUGCCAAGUUCAGUUAGGAAACUCAAAAGGCUAAAGGUUCUCGAUGUAUCCAAUUGCUUCAGCAUUAAGGAGGUGCCUGAACACAUUGGUGAAAUGUGCUGCUUGGAAAAGCUCAACAUGAGGCAGUGCUCGAGAUUGCAAGAGCUGCCUGAAUCAAUUUUGGAUCUUGAAAGGUUAACUGAUGUGAUAUGUGAUGAGGAGACAAAAGGGUUGUGGGAACCUUUGCCCAGUCUCAGCAACAACAUACAGAUAAGGGUGGUCAAAGAGGAAAUCAACCUAGAUUGGCUUCAAAAGCUUUACUCUUGAGAGCUUUCAUAUCUCUAUACAUGCAUGUGUGCUCAAUUUCUUCCUGGUUUGUCUUCUGUUGUUUGUUUCUUUGUUGCUUUUGUAGAACAACAUGAGAUAUUAUGGGUAUUGUGAAAUCUGUGGGGAAACACAGUAUUUGAAUUUUCACCAUUUUUACAGGAUGCAUGAAAUGGCUCCACAAGGGUUCA